AAUAUUUGACGAAACCUUGAUAACUCUGUUAUUAAAAAACUUUUCAUUUCAAUUAUUACCAACUUAAAUCCGAAAAAUAUUACGAUAAGAGCGCAAAGGUUAUCAAACAAUCAUUACCACUCUUCAGUAAGCGUUUCGCUUUCUUUCAAAAUGCAACUGUUUAUUUUAUUGAUAAUUUCCGGUUUAGCUAGUUGUAAAAGUGGCAUUUUCGAUAAUGUUUCAGUGUACAUUCGAGGUCUCGAUUUCGAAGAUACGAUUUUGAUCGAAUUUGAUGAUAGCCUUGUCCCUCAUCUUCAACAUAAACCAUCAGAGGUAAUAACAAUCAAAAAUCAGUUCAUUCCAAAAUUGGACACCAAUUCUAUCACGAAUCUUACAAAAGUCCAAAAUUUGACUUUAACGAAAAAUGGGAUCAGAGAUAUACGACGUGGUGCAUUUCAAAAUUUGCCAAAUUUGAAAGUUUUGAAUUUAUCGGGAAAUGCGAUUGAGGAGAUACGAAUCGGAAUUUUUAAUGAACUGCCAAUGGAGGACUUAUUUCUGGACAACAACAAGAUUUCUAGAAUUGGUUACAAGGCUUUCAGUCAUAUGACACUCAAGAAAUUAUUUUUACAAAACAAUAAAAUCUCUCGAUGGAGUAAAGAUUGGUUCGCUGACAGUUAUAUAUCUCAUUUGGACUUAAGUUUCAAUUUAAUUGAAGACUUACCUCCGAAUUCGUUUCGUUUUAUGUCGAAACCGGUCAAUGACAGCAUGAGUCUUAUCUUUACUGGUAACCAGUUGAAAAAGAUCAACAAUGACGUUUUCAACGGCAUGGAGAGGUUCCAACGGAUUUUUCUCGAUAGUAAUUUAAUUGAUCGCUUGAGUUCUGGUACUUUUAACGGUGUUAAAUACAUAAAUGUUUUAAAUUUAAACAAUAACAGUUUGUACGAACUGGACAGCGACGUUUUGAAAAACACUCAAGUCGAUAUUGUCAUGUUGGAGGAUAAUAAACUGAGAUGUCUCUCGACGGACAUUUUCCGAAUGGAAGAACUUGAUAUUGAUGGUAAUCCAAUUACUUGUUUUUGUGUGAAAAGUUGGCUAGCGUGGAGGGACAUUCACAGCAAUCCCUCUAUUUAUCAUAUUACUAAUUUAGAACAAGAAUGUAUCUGAUUGAAAUGGGAAAUUAAAUUGUUUUUGCCGUU